AAUGACGAUUCGGAGUUUAGUACUUAAUUGGGCGCUACUCCCACUAAGAGAAAGAACACUCUUUUCUCUUUCUCUGUAUCUCUGUUUUCUCUCUCCGUAAUCUUUAUACUAAAGAGAGUUCCAUUGCAGGCGAAACUCCUCUGCCGCAUCGCCCCUGGGGGGAAAUGAGCCGUCUUGCAGAAGGAAAUUCUAUCAAUUGAGGUCGAGCCCUAAUUUCAGUUUUGGAGCUUUUGGUUGAGAGCUGAUCUCAUGGAGUCGCCCACGCCGGUUUCGAGAUAUAUCGCCCAGAACUCUAAGAAAAGGGUUUUCCCGGGUGGAAGUUCAUCGGUGGCGUGUAAAGAGGUGGAGGUUUUGGAGUUGUCGCCGCUUGUUAAUCGCACUUCUAAACCCAAGUCCUCGAAACAAAAAGAGGUUAUUUGUCAUGAAAUCAUAGACGUUGACAUGGAAGAAGAUUCUGGCAGUGUUAUGCUAAUUGAUGGGGCAGUCGACAGAAGUGGCAAAGGCAAGGAAGCUCUAUCCAAUUUCGCAGUUGGUUCUUGUAAUUCAGCAGAUGAUGGAUCUGGCAGUGACAUCCACAUGGCAAACUAUGGCACUGUAGAUGGUUUCAACUCUAAUCUGUUCUAUGGAGAGGACGAGUGGAUAGAUUCAUAUUAUGACGACAUAAUAUACGAUGACUACACAGCUAUGCAAUCACAUUUUGAUCACAUGGAUAUUCCACCUGGAGUUGAGGUGCCAUUUCCCUGGUUGCCAAGUUGUCCCGGAAGUAAUCCACAGGUUCCAAUAACUAGUACUUCAACGAGUUCAAGUUCUCAAAUUCAGUGGAAUGGUGCCGAUUGUACUUCAACUAAUUCAAGAUCUCAAAACAAGUCAAAUUGUGCUAAUUGCACUUCAACUAGUUCAAGUUCUCAAAUUGAGUCGAAUGGUGACAAUGUUUCUCCUAAUAUGGCUUCAACUCUCUCCUCACUGCCUUUGAAAUCCUUUCAGAUAAAGAAUCAUCCACGAUCAAGGAUAGGUACCCAGUCAGCUACUCAUCUGAAAGGGAAAUGGUUGGAACCUGGUCUUGGUCCGAAGAAAUCUACCACUUCAAAUGGUACAGGUUUUCUGAGUUCACAACCCUCGGGAGGUUCUUUUACUCGAAGAGCUGUGGAGGAAGUCUGGAGAUCUUUCAAAAAGAGUAAGAGGAGGCCUCGUGCAUCACAUUUUUCUUCCAGUCCUAAGAGCCAAUAUCCUACGGUCCCUCCCAGUCCACACAACCAAUAUCCUUCACUCCCUUCAAGUCCAACCAACCAAUAUCCUUUAGUCUCUUCCAGUCCGAACAGCCAAUAUCCUCCAUUUCCACCUUUUCCGAGUACUGUCAAUAAUUACAGUGGCCACCCAAGUGUGAGCAUGCAGACUACUCCAUUUGGAGGUGGACCUUACAUGCCUGUAUGGCAGGAUCUGCCCAUGAAUAUGUUGGAACCUUAUGUGGGUCCUGCAUUUAUGAGUGAAAGUCCGUUCAGCCCCUGGGUGCAAGAUUCUACCAAUAAUCUGAACAGUGCAGCUCCUGCGAGAGUAGAGCAAAAAAAUGUGGAUGACAUUCUGAAGGACUUCGACCUUUUUAAGAAAUUUGACACCGUUGAAGAUUAUUCUGAUCACCACUACUCCAAACAUGGUUCUUGUGGGAUACAGGUACAGCCUCCAAGGAAUUGGGCCAAGAAAAUACAAGAAGAAUGGAAAAUUUUGGAGAACAAUUUGCCUGAUGAGAUAUUCGUGAGAGUCUAUGAAUCCAGGAUGGAUCUUUUAAGAGCUGUGAUUGUAGGGGCAGAGGGGACUCCGUACCAUGAUGGUCUCUUUUUCUUUGAUGUAUUCUUCCCCAGCACUUAUCCCAAUGCUCCACCUCAUGUCUAUUACCAUUCUGGUGGCCUUCGAAUCAAUCCUAACUUGUACAGUUGUGGGAAAGUAUGCCUGAGUCUUCUCAACACUUGGACAGGUGGCCACAAGGAGAAGUGGAUCCCUGGCGUUUCAACGAUGUUACAAGUUUUGGUCUCUAUUCAAGGGUUGAUUUUGAAUGCUAAGCCUUACUUUAACGAGCCUGGAUAUGCAGAUUUGUGUGGCUCUGCAGCUGGAGAAGAGAGAUCUGUGGAAUAUAACGAGAAAACAUUCAUAUACUCUCUGCAAACUAUGGUGUACAACAUCAGAAGGCCUCCGAAGUGCUUCGAGGCCUUUGUGCUUGGCCAUUUCUGCAAGCAUGCUCGUGAUAUUCUGGUGUCAUGUAAAGCCUACAUGGACGGAGCACAAGUGGGUUGUCUUGGUAACGGAGGUGUUCAAGAUGUUGAUGAGGGUGACAAGAGCAGCUCACAGUAUUUCAGAGGCAGUUUGGCCCGGUUCAUCACCGUACUGGUAAAUACUUUCAGAGAAAUUGGAGCGAAGAACUGUGAAGAGUUUCUUUCUUUAUCUCAAAAUGCGAAUGAACCAGCAACUGCUGCUCCUCUUGUCCCUAUGGCUCUGCAAUUAGGUUAACGAAAGGAUGCUAGGAGAUUCUGCAUACAUGAACGCCGCAAUGCUCGUAUGGGGCUUAGUUGUGACUUGUUGACAUUAGUUAUUAUUCUCAGGGAGCAUAGCCGGUGGCAUUCUUGUGUCCUUAGAAUGCAGUUCUAUUUUGGCAAUAAAACGAGCAAUACAUGUGGAUAUAAUCUGGAGCUGUCCUUGCUCCUGACAACUCUAUCCUAAUUUAACUAUUGGGUUUGGUGUUUUGGUAUAUAUCCUGUUUAUAGUUCUAAUUAUUUCAAUGCGAAUCUUCUUCACCCUUCCAAUUA